AUGAAGAAAAGGAAGAAAACAACCCUACCUUUCCGACCCUACUGGAUAAAAUUGCAAGUGAUGAUGCUGUCCUCUCGGUUUCUGGGCAUGAACCUUGUGUCAUGUAAAGCUCUCCUCCAAACUCCAAGUGCGUGUAGCUGCUCUCCAGUUCCAGUUCCAGAGUACAGCCCUUCACAAUCUGAAGUUUCGGCCUAUUUUCUUUGUCGACAAGGGUUUCUCAGGCGUUUUAGUUCAAGUGUUUCAAAUUGUUGUUUAUUUAAGAGUCGAUUACAGGAAUACGCUCAGAAAAUGGGACUUCAAACGCCUGUUUAUGAGACUACUAAGGAAGGCCCAUCUCAUGAGCCUUCAUUCAGAUCUGCUGUGGUAGUGAAUGAUGUCAGAUAUGAAUCUUUGCCUGAUUUUUUUAAUCGUAAGGCAGCGGAGCAGUCAGCUGCUGAAGUUGCACUUAUGGAAUUAGCAAAACUUGGUCAAGUGAAUCCUUCCAUCUCCCACCCUGUUCAUGAAACAGGUUUAUGCAAAAAUCUACUUCGGGAAUAUGCACAAAAGAUGAACUAUGCUAUUCCAAUGUAUCGGUGCCAAAAGGAUGAAGCACCAGGACAAGUGCCUCAUUUUUCAUGUACUGUUGAAAUUGGAGGCAUUCAGUAUAUUGGCGCUGCAGCAAGAACAAAGAAAGAAGCAGAGAUCAAAGCUACUAGAACUACACUAUUAGCCAUCCAAUCAAGUGCAUCUGAGUUAUCUGGCUCACCAAGUGGCAAUUCUCAGCUAACUGUAAUUCCUUGCAGGAAGAGGGGAACAGAGUCGGUUGAUAAGCCUAAGGUGGACGAGACUGUAAAUGUUCCAAAGCCAAAGAAAGCUAGAUGUUUAUGUUUGUGGUGGCAUGCAGGUUACUUACGUGUUGGGGCAAUUGCAAAACAAAGCUGCGUCUGCUGCGCUUUGUAAUGUACUCAGGGAUUUGAAGGAGCAUCCCAUGGUCAGACAUGAAGCUGCUGAAGCUCUUGGUUCCAUUGCUGAUGACCACAGUGUGGCAAUUCUUGAGGAAUUUGCCAGGGAUCCUGAGCAUAUUGUUACACAG